AAUGUUCUGUUGAUCUGUUAAACUGAAGCUCCCUCUGCCUCUCUUAUUUCCAGUGGCUGAAACUGUUGUUUCAGUUUGGGCUGGAGCUGGCCCGAAGUUAUCCUGACAUUUCUGGGAGGAGAUCCAAAAAAGUGGUUUUGGAGGUGGGGGGGGGGGAGGAGGAGGAAAAAUAGAGGAUAGGGAGAGGGAAGAUUAGGAAAGGAGAGCAAGGUGAGGAGAAAGUCUUUCCUCAGUAUCACAUUUGUGCGGGUGUUUGGAUUUUGCCUGGAAAAUCUAUUAGCCUUGAUGCUUUGUCUCUCUGGAGAGAGACAAAGGAGCUGCACUCCACGGAGGAGGAGGAGGAGGAGGAGGAGGAGGAGGAGGGCAUUGAUGGGGAAGUUUGUGGGACUCUAAAAAGAGGGGGAAAGAGCACAGAGCUCCAGCAAUAGCAGCAAGCAAUUCUAACAUCAGAGAAAUGUGCCUCUGUGUGGCUGCCUCCUGAAAAGAAAAGGGGGGGGGGGAGUCAGAACUGAGGCUAGAUGGAGAAAAGCAAAGACCCUUUAGAAAAAUCCCUUUCAUUGCACCCAGCUUGGUGAAGAAAGUGAAAAGAGAAAGAAAGGGGAAAGCAGGAGGGAAGGGAGCCAUCGUGAACUGGACAUUGCCUGGAGCCCGUUUUGUGUAGCAGAAAAACUGCCGAGCUGCCUACAGCAGAUCUACAUGGCAAAGCCCUCAGUCUAAAAGAAGGCUCCGAGAGAAUCACUUCUUGAAAGGAGAGUUUCCCGGAAGGGUAAGUUUUGACACUGCUCUGCAACUAUUGAGGGACAAGCUGACAUUUGUGUAUGUAUAUGUGUAUUAAAUGUGUAGGCAGAUGCAUGUGCGGAGGCAGAUGUUUGAACAGAUCCCAUUGCUGAUUAUCUCAGUCGUUUCUCAGCCUAUGUUUUCUUGAAAUGAAAUUUCCACACUGCUCCAGUGUGAACACCAUAAAGAUAGCGGCAAACCGUCCUAAUCUGAUACGCAAGCUGGCCAAUCUCCCUUCUUUGAGAGAGAGAAACUAGAGAAUGCUGUUCUCUAUAUAUUCGUGCCUAUGUUAAGAGUGGAGUUCCAUCUAAAAUGGAAAAGGGGGGCAAAUUUGGAGGGUGCUGAUUCUCAGAAAUGUUGAAGGAAGUUCAAAGCAUCUAAGAAAGAUUAGGAAAAUUUCUCAGGAAGGAAAGUGUUUUUGCAGUCUAUAUGAAUACCCAGUAUGGUCAUUAACACUUGUCCCCAUCUUCUUUUAUUUUUAAAGUCAAUCCCACAAUGAAGUGGGCACCGGUUGUGAGUUUAACUGUGCUGUGGGCUGCGUGGCUAGUGUGUGGCAUGGAAAAGCCAUUGAGGCAAGCUGACAGAGGGAGGCAUGGAGUUAGGAGAGUGCCUCUGGCCUAUAGGGGCAGUAGCAAAUCAGCUGCACAGACGAGGAGAGCUGGUGUGUCCCACAGACUUUUAAGCCCUUCUGGGAGGUUUCCUCAACGUCCUCUUGUCAAAAGGGAUUCUUUGGAACCAAAAAGGCCACAAGCAGCCCCUCUAGAAGAUGACUCCCGUGCCCAGGUGAAGACUGGGGGGACUAAAGUACGGCUGACACAAAGACCUAAGGUGGAAAUGGUUAGGGAUGAAGGGCCAUCCACUGCGUUUCGAUCGCGCACAGUGCGUUUUCCAUCUGGGUCUAGUUCCCCCAACAUUCUGGCUAGCUUUGCUGGGAAAAACAGAGUCUGGAUUAUCUCUGCUCCUCAUGCCUCUGAUGGCUAUUACCGGCUCAUGAUGAGCCUUCUGAAGGAUGAUGUCUAUUGUGAACUGGCCGAGAGGCAUGUCCAGCAGAUUGUCUUGUUCCAUGAGGAGGGCGAAGAGGCAGGGACAGUCAGGAAGAUAACCACAGAAGGGAAAAUCCUGGAACAACCUCUGGAUCCCAGCCUCAUUUCCAAACUCAUGAACUUUCUGAAGCUGGAGAAGGGCAAAUUUGGCAUGGUGCUGCUAAAGAAGACAUUGCAAGUAGAGGAACGGUACCCUUAUCCAGUUAGGCUGGAGGCCAUCUAUGAAGUCAUUGACCAGAGUCCCAUCAGGAAAAUUGAGAAAAUAAGGCAAAAAGGCUUCAUCCAGAAAUGCAAAGCUGCUGGGACAGAGGGCCGGGUUGUUGAGGAAGGCAACAAUGGUGCUAGUGUCACUAGGGCAACACCAGGUGGUGGACAUGUCCAACCAGUAUCCAGGAAAGAAGAAACAAGGAAAAGCAUUGUGCAGCCAACACGGGUUAAAACUGUGAAGAAGUUUUCGACAACCACACUGUCUCCCCCUCCAACUAGGGCGCCGACUCUUCCUCCCACAACUCUCAGGCCAAUCACCAGAAUGAUGACAAUAGCAAGCAGGCCUACAACCACCACCACCACCACUGUGCCGACUACACAGAGAACUUGGACCACAAAAUCACACAGCUUGCUUCCCACAACUCCUGAGAUGACUGACGCUCGGGUGACAGAGAGUUUCUCCUCCCCUGUAUGGAAAGAGAAUCGCAGAGAAAGGAAUCCAGCCCACACACAGAGGCAACAGACCACCACAAGGAGACCCAGCAAAACCACUCAUUAUGACACUCAUUCAGAGGUCCCAACAGCCACCUCGGAGCAUCCCACGAGAGCAAGUGCCGGACGAUACAGAGACAACCGCACAGACCGGAAGGACUAUAACAGUCGAGGUUCCAGUGUCACAGCAGGCCAGCACAAGCCUGCUAAAAGCAAACCACCUAAAAAGAAAGCCCAAGAGAAAAUACUGAGCAAUGAAUACGAGGAUAAAUACGACUCAGGACAGCCUGCUGUUCCUCGCUUAGAGGAAAAUGUUCCAGCGGGACAUAUCCCACCAAAGAAAGGGAAAGAUCCAAGGAAACAUGACCGCUUAGAUAAACCUGAGAAGAAGAAGAAAGAAAGAUCAGAGAAGAAAAACGAGAAACAGGCCAAGAAGGACAAAGCUGAAAAGAAAAACAAGCAAGAGAAAGAGCGCAACAAGAAAAACAAGAAAGGAAGCAAAGCGGACAGCGAGGGAGUCCUGAAGUCCAAUGCCAAGCCUUUCACGCAAACCCCCAGGAAAUCUGUGACAACACUUUUGGAUUUAUUUGAAGGCAGAAGACGUCUCCUGGUAAGUAGAUUAUACAUGGGCAUGCAUCACUAAAGGUCAGUUCACAAUUUAGGCUGCAAUCCUAAACCCACUUACCUGGGAGUAAUCCCCAUUGAAUUACAUAGGACUUACUUCUGAGUACAAUUGCACUGGAAGUUUCUUACUGAGGCCCUCUGUCUACCUUUAUGUGUAGCAGACAAAGCAGGCAACCAUCACACACUUCUGUCUCCUGAAAGCCUUGGGUGCCCAUUUUUAUUUAUUUAAAACGCAUCACUUGCUCUGGUGGCAUCUCUUCGCCCCUAACUGCUUUCUGGGGAAAGCAGGUGAUACCAGAGUGAGUUGAAAAGAAAUUGACAAAUCCUGCUGGAAGGUAGGACUCAAUGUCAGCCCAGUUUUAUGCAGCCCUUGGCCUGAUUUCAGGAUCCCUCUGCAAGCAGUCAUUUCAGACCUCUGUCAAGAGUGAUCUGUUCCUCCCACACUAGAGAGAGAAAGAAAGAGGGUGGCCCCACCCACUGUUGACUUCAACUCCUCCCACAGUCAGCAGAUGGCCCCUGACAGAUUUAAACUCCUGGACUGUGGCCCUGAAACACUGUUCAGUAUCCCCAUCACAUGACAGGGAAGACGAACCCAUGGCUCUCCAGAUGUUGUUGGACUAUCUCAUAUCUGACCAUAGCCCAUGAUGGAUGGGACUAAUGAUGGAGUUUGGUGACAUCUGGAGGGCCACAGUUUCUCCACCUCUGCCAAAUGAUCUUUAGUCUGUCCUGGGCAUAUUCCAAAGGCAUAAAGCCUAAUAAUGUGAUGUAUGCCUUAUAAGUCUCAUAGGGCAUAUGAUGCAACCUUUCUCAAUCAUGUGCAGAAGCUGCCAGAAACCUAUAACUGGGGAGGUGAAGAUGGUAGAAUCUGUAUUUGGCUAGUCCAGGGCUUAAAAGAAAUCCAAAUAAGGAUGUGCUAUGUUCAGCAUGGUUGCGUUGUCACUGUUUUCAUAUAUAUUUGAACUCAUAGCUCUUCCAGUCGACAUCUGUUCACAGUAAUGUUGAUAACUUCUGGGUUUCAGAACCAAGCCAACUGUUUUUGGCACUUUUCCUGGGCAGGAACAUAAUGCAUUUGCAAACAUAUCCCUUACAAAGUUGUUGGUGAGAUGCACAGAGUUGCCUUUCUCUUAAGUAGAACAGCUUGUGAUGAGCUUCUGAACCUUAAAAGCAGCACAACGUGGCUUUGCAUCUCCAGAAUUUAAUAACUUCACAUAUUAUUAGCUGGCUCCUCUCUGAAAUCCUUUGACAGAGGACACAAAGCAAUAUGCUCAGAUGUUUUCCUUGGCAGGAGGAAUUCAGCUUGAAGGCAUAGUGUGACAAUUCAGACACCCUUCAUAGGCCACAUUUUUCAUACACAGUAAUCUCCAUGAAACAAAAAGCAUCUACAUUACAUCUCUUAAGUGUACAACAUUUGUUUUGUUUGCCACAAAGUAUAAUGAUUAGGAAACCAUGCAAUAUAAUGUGUGGCCCAUAGCCUUUGGUAAAGAAAAGUUCCUUAUUUUUGUGUGCGUGCCAUAUUUCCCUGAAUGCUUACAGAGAAGUAAAUGCAACUUGGUUGCAAUGUGGCUUACUUCCAGGUAAGUGUGUACAUGUUUUCAGCUUUACAGCACAUACCUAGGGCAUGCUGGCUGAGAAGUAAAUUCCACUUAGUUCGAUAGGAUUUACUCCAAGGGCAUAGGAUUGCAGCCUUAGUGUGUCUUCCUUCUGCAUAUUAACCUGCUUAGCUGUUUGGUAUAAAUAACUGCUUGAGUUCUUUCAUUUUGAGGGUGAAUGCUUCUCCCAGAUCUUAAUUAAUUAAUUGGUUGAUUAAUUGUGAUAAUGAUAAUAAUAAUAAUGAUAAUAAGAAUAAUACCUGGGUUGUGCAAGGUCAGCUUUCUCUGUUGCUUGCAAAAAGGAAUUAAGCAGCAUGUACAAAAAAAAAAGUUUUAAAGCAAAGUUUACGGCAGAGCAAUGGCAGGUUAUGCCCUGAUGAAGCAUCAUUUCAGGUAUGAGGAAUACAUACAGGAGUGUUUGUGUGCCUUUAAUGAGGUGCUAACUUUUAUGGAAAGAAAUUAGUGGCAGGACAGGGUGAGGUCAGGAUGAGAUCAGGAUGAUAGUUAACGGGAUAAGCAGAGAUAUAGAAUUGUAGAGUUGGAAGGGACCACGAGGGUCAUCUAGUCCAACCGCCUGCAAUGCAGGAAUAUUUUGCCCAACGUGGGGCUUGAACCCACAAUCCUGAUAUUAAGAGUCUCAUGCUCAACUGACUAGCAUAUAAAAAGCAGAUUGCACUGACACUAUAAGUAGAUGAGACGAAUGCUCUCAUAUUGCUCUUAAGAUGCCUACAGAGAAACAUUGCAAAGCAGAGCCACUGUUCAGGUGGUCAAAAUCAGGUGCAUCCACGACUAUGAUUUCUUAGCAUGUGUUGGGUACUGAGGUCUAUUCCACCAGUGAAAGCCCUGAUUACUGUCCCAUACAUGGAUUUGCCUCUUAAUGAAGCAUGCGCCCGUGAGUGGAUUUAAACUAUAAGCCUUGUUUGCAAAUGCAGCACCAACCAUACAUUUAUUAUUCUUAUUGAUUUACUUUGCAAACUGUUUAGACCACUUAAAUAUGAAAAUAUCCAAGCAAUGUUUUGGAGGGGGGGUGGCGGGUGGAGAGAGCCUUGUGCCUUAAAGGUGCUUUCAAUGUAUUGUGAAUUUACAGGCAACUUUCUUUCUAGCAUUGUUUCAACCAAAGCAAUCAAUCUUUCUUUUCAAAGUGUAGCAGAUUAGAAAAUGUAACCUAAUCUUCAUAGUUUGACCUUCAUAGUGAAGUCCUAAUACUUAGCAGGUUAUGGUGGUUUAGAUUUAGGGAAAGUCCUUGAUCAAAGCAGAGAAGAGAUGCCAACUGACCAGGACAUAAUGUCUUGGGCUGUUUGCUAUGUCUUGGCCUGCUCCUGUGACGUCAACAGCAGCCAGAUUUGUAGAAAUUUUCAAGAUAAACUUUUUAAUGGUAUGGAGACAUUCAAGGUCCUGUUAAAGAAACAGAAGCAAGAGCCAACUCUGAAAUCUAGACUUAUCACUGGCUUUGACUUCCUGACUUCCACCUACUGUUUGUGUCUGUGGUUUUGCUUCAGGCCCAUCUGUUUUGGCUCAGUUACGUUGCUUUUGUUUGCUACUCUGCGGUGUGGAAGUGCAGUCUGAAAACCUGAGUUCAUCCCCGCAGAGGAUGCAGCCAGUCUGCGUGUAUAACAUAUACUAAAAUUAACCCCCUGCAUGAACAGGCCUCCCCACAUUUUUUAAAAAGAGUGAAAUAUACAAGUAUUUGCUUACAAAACAGCUGCUCAAUGUGAGUAGGGGAAAUUGGGAUUACUAUGGAGCAGGGAGCAACAGGGGGGGAAGGCUUAACUCUCCCAAUGCUGUGGCCCUGGUCUAAAAUCAGGGUCUUCAGUUGCAGUAUUUAGCCUUUUUUAAAAAACAAAACAAAAAACCGUGGUAGGUGUAAGCAACAAAUAAUCUCCUGCUAUCACUUUUGAGGUAGGAACUGGAGAGAAAUACAAUUUUGUUUGUGUUGUAAUGCGAGACUACCCAACUUGAACCAAGGAAUGGUGGCACUGCAGACCUGAUCUCCCAGCACCACUUAUCAAGAUGAUAUAGGGUACUGUAGGGCAGUAGCAAGUUUGGGGUGGUGUGGGUGCACCAGCAGAAACAAUCUGGUGCUGCUACCAGUGCAUGUGCACCACGCAGACCUCACUGCUACUCUGCAUACACACUGUCUCGGUAGGCAGCGGCAAAAUGGCACCAGGAGGCUAAGUCCAUGGCGGGACAGCCCCCACACUUCCUGACUGCUCCUGCCUGGAGGGAAGAUAGGAUAUAAAUGUAAAUAAUUGUUGGGUUGGAUCAGACUUAGUCAUAGAUGUAUUGAAAUCAAUGGGACUUAAGAUAAUCAUGGCUAAUUUAAGCCCCACUGAAACCCAGCCAGAUGGGCGGGGUAUAAAUAAUAAAUUAUUAUUAAUGGAUCUGUACUUCAAUAUGACUAAGUCUAGAUCUGACCCAUUAUAUUGGAUCUCUUGCUAAGGGCUGUGUGUGUAUGAAGCAGUGGCAGUUCUGAGGCUUGAAUUUGGCGACUUCAAGCCUGGAGGCAGAAGCUUCCACUUCAUACCUCUAGAAGUUCAAGGAAACUAUGAAAGUUCAGGAAUUUUAAGGUGGUGUUGUCACAAAAUGGCCUCUCGCCUUUGUUGGCUGUAAUCAAGGUAAUCCAUGACUUCAUCAGCCUUUAGCUGCCCAAACCCUGCUCAUUUUGUUUCUUCUGUUCCUGUCCAUUCAAGUCCAUUUCCAUGUUCUGUGCUAUUGGCUGCCUUCUGGAUACUGACCUUUGCCUGACCAUGGUGCAAUUGCUUAGAGAGCCUUCAGGAAUGAUAAUUAAAUAGACCCCUCAGGCAUUACUCAGAUCCUGGCCUGCGACUCCUCAUGCCUGAGUGCGUUCCCAAUCAACAGCCAAGUUUCUGGCAGUGUACUACAAUCUGAUCCAGUCCUAUGUAAAUAAAAGGCAAACACCAUUGGUUUGCUGCCGGGUGAGAAAUUAAAACCAGCCACCACUUUAAUCUAAAGUUCCAGUUGCAAAAGGUUGAUAGUGUAUUACCAUAUCGAACUGGCUUAGCACAAGCACACAAGCAAGGGUGUUCCCAGUGAGGAGACUGUGGUGUUUCUCAAAGGUUAAGCAGUGGCUAUUUCCCUCUGGAAUUUCUGGCCUGCAGUAAGUUGCCACAUAAUGCAAAAAGCUAAUUUUCUUUCUUUAUAUAAAAAAAAGUUUACAUACUGCUGCAACAUAAAGUUAUAUCACAGCGGUUUACAACAUAAAACCAAACAAUAUAACCAGAAAAAGUUAAAAGUAAUUUAAAAGCAAAACAAAUUAAAAACAAUCAACAUUAGAUCAUUGUGUGGGGGUGUACUCUGAAUUGCCUGCAUACCCAGUGGUACAGGAAGUUUUCAGCAGGCCUUUAAAAGUUGGCACAGAAGGUGCCUGCUGAAUCUCUAUGGGCAGGGAGUUCCACAGGAUGGAGCUAAUGACACAAGGUUUGGUUUCUUGUUGUCAAACGAGCCGCACCAACACAGAAAAUGAUCUCUGAGGUAUCCUGAACCCAAGUUGUUCAGGGCUUUGUAAAUCAAUACACCAACCCUGAAUGUGGCUUGGUAGCAGGCAGGCGAUUGUGACAUAUGUUGUCAGUGUUUACCUCAGUUAAUAGUUUUCUGAAAGACCUCCCCCCCCCCCGCGGCUUCCACUGUGUACUUGAACAGUCACGUAUAACACACCCUAAACUUAUUUGCAACACGCUUAAGGCAUUGUUUAAUUGUUUUACAUAGGAAAUCUGGGGGCUGGGGUAGGCAUUGCAUUUGCUAGGUGAUCAGCAUAGCGAAUUUUGUCAUCCCUUUUGGAAGCCAUCACUGACAUGCGGCAGGGGCAGAAAAACUCCCUCUGGCUUGGAGCCAAAUAUUCUACUGUGCAGAGGGUGGAGGGCACUUCCCCCCAGAAAACUGGCCUUGAGGGGUCAGGGGACACUCUAGAGCAGUGGUUUUCAACCCUCGGGUGCCUUGAUGAUGGCCAGGGGUGCCACGGGCAACACUAGCCUCUGUCCCUCUUUCCUUCUCUCCCUCCUCUGAUGCCCUCUCACAUCUCUGCCUCCCAAAGGCUUGCACAGCUGUUCGUUGGGGCAGCCCUGGCUACAAGCUCCUCAGGCAAAUAAUGCCUCUGGGGCUGGCCAGGGGGUGCUUCCCAGGCCCCUGUGGGGCAGUGUAAGGAGGCCCCUCUCUUUGGGGCAGGGGGGGCAGCUCGGAGACCAAUGGAAGCAGUUGUGGCUGCCCAGAGGACUCUCAAGGAGAAGGGAGAUGAGGCUGAGGGAACACUCCCCAAGGGAGGGUGUUCGAAAAGGGGUGAGGGGCUGCCAGCUCUGCAGGCAAGGGGUGACAUAACUGGGUUCCUGAGCCCACAGGGGUGCCGCAGAAAGAAUGUAGUUGGUCAAGGGAGCCGUGGGCCCAAAAAGGUUGAAAACCUCUGCUCUAGAGUGUUUUGGGGGGACUUUUUUGCUGGGGAGGGUAUGGCCACACACAUGCAUAAGUGCAGCUUUGGAUAAAAGCAUAUGUAAUUAGCUCUGACUCAUAUGGUGAGCUGAGAGUUGCAUUAAACAUUCUAGAUGGGAGGAUAGAAGCAGAUCCCUCUGGCAAAUAUAUUAUGUAGGCCAGGCCUCAGGGCUGCAUCCAGUGCUAGUCCUACUCAGAGGAGGCCCAUUGAAAUUAAGGACCAACUUAGGCUCAUUAUUUGGUCUACUCUGAGUAGGGCUAGCAUUAUAUACAGCCCGUUGUCUAUGAGUUGUUGUGAAAACUAUGUAUGACUUCCGAUACUAACAUGGUUCAAAAACCAACAAUCUAAACCUUCUGUUCUCUGUCAUCUUCCUAGCUGAUCACAACUCCCAAGAUUGACAGCACCAUGUAUGUGCAACAGAGAGAUGAGUAUCUGGAGAGCUUUUGCAAAAUGGCAACUAGAAAAAUCUCAGUGAUCACCAUCUCUGGCACCGUGAACAACAGCCGCAUGAAGAUUGACCACUUCCAGCUAGGUUGAAAAUCCUUUCCUUUAAUUUCUUUCUGGGCAAUAGAGUCAUGGAACUAGUGCUCUUUUUUAAAAAAAAGAAAUCAAAAACCCUGAGAGUCCCUUUGUGAUAAUAUGGUUCUUCCCUCUCCCACCCUUUGCAUUUGCAUAGUUGGUAUUUCCCCCGUUUGGUUUUCCAUGGCAAAAAGUUCAAAUAGUUGGAGCAUCACUGUGCUGAUCUAUCAAGUCAAUGAAACAGCAGAAAGCAGAGAAUUGUGACCUGGCCAUGCCAUAAGCCAGGAAGUCAUUUGGUUCAAGACUAGGAACAUCUCCUGUCUGCAGAUCUUUGUAUUAGUCCCUUUCAGGUGUUUAUUUAUUCCUAGAGCGGCUACUGGGCUGUCCACAUGGCCUCCUCCACAUCUGACCUUGUCAUGAGUGGAAAGUUCUGAAGAUGCAUUCAGCUAAACAUGGCAUUUGGCUUUCCUGUGACCAAGAGCCCUCUGUGAUGUAGGUUCCCAGUUACAGGGAGGACUGUAAGCCCAUUCAGAAGAAUGUGCUUACAAUCCCCUUCAGACCUUCCCACUCUCAGUUGAGGAAGGGGGUGGCAUGUGUGACCUAUGGACAGAAUAAAGAUGAACACCUAAAUAGGGUUUUUUAUUCUGCUCAUAUGCUCAGUGUCUAGCUUAUUUUGCAGGUCUUUGGUUAUAGGCUCAUAUUAUCUAACACACACAAACCUGACUGGCUAGUGUUAAAAAAAGAAGUUAUUGACCUUUGUCCAUGUGUUCACACUUGUCAUUCAGUGAACCUUACAUUCUUGCUGUGAAACAAUGACAAUUUUAUAAAGUUAAAACUUAGACAUGUUGGAUUGGUUUUGUAUGAAACCAAUACAACAAUAACAAUAAACUAAUAAAAUUCACAUUGAGGCAAAGUUCAUUUGUCAUGAGUCCUUGGAAAGUUUGAUAGUUUAAUUGCAGUAUAACCUCAUUAUCUGAAUAGUUUAGAUGGUAACCUAAAGAUUCACGUGCUCUUAAGUAUUCCUGUUUACAGAGGAGUGCAUGAAAUAGUGCAGAAAUUGAUAUUUAGCUGUAAAAGCAGAUUUGGGCUACCGUUGAAUGCUUCUGAAAAUGCAUUCAUGUAGGUUGUUACAGAUGCAGCCUUUCUUCAUAAUCAUAAUGUUUCAAAAUAUACUGAUUUCCUAAUAUUUCCAAGUAUUGGAUUUGGGCUGCUCCUUGGGUGUUCCUCUUUGCAGGGGAGAAUUACACCACAGGAGUUCUUUUUUCAGGCCGUGAGGGUCUGAGAAAGAAUGAAUGAUGAGGACGCUUUAUACAGAUAAAAAAGUUUUUUGAUAUCUUAUUCAUGGGCAAGAGCUGCACUGCUGUGUAAACAUAAACAAACAAGCAUACUUGGCCUCAAUUAGUUUAAAGUGUCGAAACACCAACUUUGAAUAGGGAACAGCAGGAGUUUAAAAUAGAUCCUGGAAUUUAGCACCCCCAUCCCAUGAAAUCUCUCACCAGUUCUCCCCCCCCCCCAUGGCAUUUCUGGUUGGCUUACUCUAUUUGGUUUCAUCUUGUGGUAUUAACUUGCAUAUUGUACAGAAGCCUUAUAAAAGUGAUUUGUGUAGUCUUGCCUUCAUGGACUUACGCACCCUAAAGAAACCAAAACCUUAAGGAAGUAAACACUUUAUACACCCUUGAUUGAUGUAAGUUUUGUACUGACAAACAGCACAAUUCUAUACAAAUCAAUGCAGAAAUAAGAUCCAUUGAGUUCAGUGACACCUAACCCCAGGACAAUGGGUACAGGGCUGCAACCUAAGUAUCUAACAUUAUGUCUCUGGGUUGAUGGUGUCAAGGUUCUCACUGGUCUCCCUUCUAUUAUUUGGGCUGUUUUGCAUUAGCAGCUUCAUAUAUGAAUGUUGCUCAAAAUGCUUGUUUAGGAAGAAGUAAUGUUUUUUAAAACUUCACUCACUUCCCCGUCGAAAAGACUAAAUCUUUUUGGUGGGUACGUCUGAACAGAAGGUGAACAGAAGAACUUUCCCCCUUCUUCCUUGCUGUUCAAAAGUGAUUUAGGCUUGUUUGGCAGUAAUCUCCAUGUUGUUUUCCUUUAAAGACAAUGAGAAGCCCAUGAAAGCGAUAGAGGAUGAAGACCUCGUGGACCAGCGUCUCAUCAAUGAGCUGAGGAGAGAAUAUGGAAUGACAUACAAUGACUUCUUCAUGGUGCUAACUGACACUGAUAUGAGGGCCAAGGUAGGGAGAAGUAUAUUAGCCUGGGGAGAUGCAUGAGUGAGGAUGAAUCAGGACAGAGUGGGACAAAAAACUGUGCUAGUACCUGAAGAGGCAAAAGAAGUUGAAGAUGGUAGGAAUCAUGGAACCCAAAUCCAGAUGGUAGGAACCAGGGAUUUUGGUGGGGAAAUGCUCACUUGUAUCCUUACAGCUCGUGGCAUUAGGAAUGGAGGAAUAAUUUGAUUUUGGUUGCAUUUUAAUGAGAAACUACCUAAUUCACACUUAUUGAACCAAUAUAAAAGCCCAACAUAAUAAUCCUUCAAAAUCUGCACUUCUCCGAAUAUUGUAAUGCAGUUCCUCAACCAAAACAUGUUUACAAAAGUGCAUAUAUUUGGAGAAAGUCUGCACAAAAAUACAAAUAUAUGGAGAAAUUAACACUAAAAUGCUGAGGAAUUUCAUGAAGAUUUUCUAAAAUGCAAGUUGCUACAGAAAUGUGGAGAAUUGAAUUAAAGAUUGGAUGAACGAGAAACCAAAACUGACAGAUUCAUCCAUUCCUUCAUGGCAUUCAGCUCCUACUACAGAAUGAUCCUGCAAAGUGACAGAAGGCACUCACUAUAAAAAAUCUUCAGUAGCAUGAACAUGACUUUAUUUACAUAUGAUAUUUAAUUUAUACUCAACCUUUAUUUAAUCAUGGAACUCAAAAUGGCAGACACAGAAUUCCCCGACCAGAACCAGACCUGCUUCGCUCACGUGCUUUCAACCAUGCCUGAGACCCAUCAGUAUUAAUCUGUCAAGAAGAAUGAAGCUGACAGUAUAAUGACAUUGGCCAUUAACUUUAAAUGGGAAAGCAGAUGUUAAGAGAUUUGUUUGCCAUCAAACCAUUUCUCAAUGUUUCCUUUUACAGCAAUACUAUGAAGUGCCCAUAGCAAUGAAGUCUGUUUUUGAUUUGAUUGACACCUUCCAAUCACGUCUCAAAGAUAUGGAAAAGCAGAAACGUGACGGCAUUACCUGCAAAGAUGACAAGAAACAGUCCCUGGAAAACUUUUUGUCCAGGUAUUUCCUAAAGCCCACCUGUGGCUAUGAGAGCUCUUUAAUAAUGCAAAUUGGUUUAAUAUUAAGCACUUGUUGAACAUGUAUUUUCCAUUAACUGAUUACUCUGGUCAAAAACUCGCAAUCAUCUUCGUAGUUGUUAAUUCCAAAACAGAGAGGUGGUUGAGUUCAGACCUGUUUAUUGUUUCCAGUGAAUAUCCACUGAAAUUAAUAGACCUAAGUCAUGUUCAUUCACUUCAGUAGGUUUAUUCAUAGUAAGACUAGCAUUGGAUACAACCCUACGUUUCUGCUAAUGGGGAAACCGCACAAUUUUGUUUGCAAUUAAAUAUCUAGUAAUUAAAGUUAGAUACCUAAUAAUUAAAACUGAGCACAGAGUGAGGGAAGUACAUUUAGAAAUAACCACUUAUAAGAACAUUUAUAAAUGGAAAUAUCUCCAAACAUCAUGUUUAUUAUCCUCACCUCCACCCCUACAAAAUGGGCAUUCACUGAUUGUAAUGGAGAGAGACCUCUCAUUUUCUAUGAGCGUUGGCAGUACUAAUUUGUUUUCUAUAAUUACCUCUCCCCCUGAAUGAAACAGCAUGCAGCAGCAUAAUUUCUCAGCCAUUGCUUCUCUGGGAAAAGCAUUCAAAAUAAUGAUGUUGAUUGUUCUUAAUUUGCAUGUCAAGUCCCAGCAAAGUGAACAACCGGUGGUGCCGGGGGGGGGGGGGAGAGAAAACCCUCCAGCUUCAGAGAGGCAGGCUCCUAAUUUGUCUCAAGUUAGAGAACCCAGUCUCAGACUCCAGUUCUAAACACACAUGCUUGGGAGCACGUACCAUUGAUUUCGGUGGGAUUAAACCACAGAGCCCAGGACUUGCCGAUCAGAAGGUCUGCGGUUUGAAUCCCCGCGAUGGGGUGAGCUCCCGUUGCUCGGUCCUUGCUCCUGCCAACCUAGCAGUUCAAAAGCAUGUCAAAGUGCAAGUAGAUAAAUAGGUACCACUCUGGCAGGAAGGUAAACGGCGUUUCCGUGCGCUGCUCUGGUUCGCCAGAAGCGGCUUAGUCAUGCUGGCCACAUGACCCGGAAGCUGUACGCCAGCUCCCUCGGCCAAUAAAGCGAGAUGAGCGCCACAACCUCAGAGUCGGCCACGACUGGACCUAAUGGUCAGGGGUCCCUUUAUCUUUACCUAACCAUGCAUAGGACUAUGUGGUAACAACUAAUAAAAUGACUAAGGGAUUGUCAGGUUUAAUUAAUUGGGGGAGGAAGGAGAGGGAGCACACAUACUGUUAAAGAACGGAAAGGGAAAGGUCAGGAAGAUACCGGUAGGUAUAAACAGGAGCGCAGAGGUUCCAUAUGUAAGACAACAUCUGUAGCUGUUUAAGAUACCAUUUCCUGCUUUGAAACGGCACAUGUUACUCUGUACAUUUCUCUCUAUAUAGUUAGCUUUGGCUCUUCUGUUUUUUAAUGUACAAAAUAACCCACACUCAUUCACUUUCCUGAAUAAAGCAAUGGAAGGUGAUCUUCAAAGGAGAGGUGUGGGGAAGCUCAAAUGGAAAAAAGUUACAUUAGUUCUGCCUGCCUAGGAAAAAACACUUGAAAUUUUGACAGCACAACAGAAUAACCUGAAACCUAAAAUGGCAUUUCAAAGACAUUUGAGCACAAUUGCUUCCUCAUGUUUGCAGUCUGUUGGAUCCACACAACUUAAAUCUGAUUCCCGCUAGAACCAACAGGACUAAAUUCAGUUGAAAUAAUCUUUGUGAAUAGAUUUUCUUCACCUAUUCUCAUUCCAGAUUCCGAUGGAGGAGGAGGUUGCUAGUGAUAUCUGCUGCCAACGAUGAAGACUGGGCAUAUUCACAGCAGCUUGCAGCCCUUACAGGGCAAGCCUGCAAUUUUGGUAAGUCUCCAUAUGCUGGCUUUCAAGCUAUUAACUACUCUUGGUUUUGUUUGUUUUUGAAGUCCUUUGCACCAGCGUAAGGACCUUCAAGCACAUGGGCCAGAUUUAGCUUAUUAACUACUCAUAACCUUAUACAUUUGUAUAGUACCAUUUGCUACAGCAAUCUUGUUCUUUUCAUGGGAUGUAUAUUAAGAGGGGGGUGCAUCUAAGAGCAAUUUUACCCAUGGCAGCCUGAAUGUGGCAGCUGCCAAAAAUUGCUUGUGUGCACUCUGUGUAAGGUUUGGAACAUGUACCAAUCUGAUCAUUUGAAGAGCUUUGCAUGCCAGCAAAAAUGUCUAGUGCUGUCAUGGAGAGAUUGUCUAUGUGUUCAAGUAGAAGAGGUUGGCAGCCUCCACAUGCAUAGUGCAUGAGAACUGGGCAUACGAUCACAGACCUAAUUCAGUGGCAUUCAGCAUUUCAUUGCCUAUAAGAGCCUUUGCCAACCUGGUGUCCUCCAGAUGUUUUGGGGCUGAUGGUGGUUGUAGUCCAAAGCAGACAUCAGGCUAGCCUCCAACAUCUGUUUCGUCAAAACAUAGCAGGGAAUGAGCCUCCUCAAAUCCUUGUGGACUGCUUGAAUCAAGUGAUUCUUUAGUACCUUCUUUGAUUGCUGUAAAAUAACAGUUUCUAAGUUUAGAAUCUGUGCUCAAAUUAUUGGGAGUGGGGAAGGUAGGAGGAAAUCUAUAACCUCCCCGCAAUUUUAGCCUGAUCAUGGUUCCUCUGUAGCCUUCUAAAACCAUUAGCAAAGAGCAUCUUCCAUCCAUAGAUUUGGGCAAAUCUAUGCAAUGUUCCUAAAGAAACUGCAUAUCAGCCUCCUGUAUUUUGAGCUUAUAGAAUUGUGGGUGGGUGUACAUCUGAGAAUGUAUUGACAUUUUGCAGUACGUUAAUGUUUGCCUUUCACUUAGUAGAAAAAGCUUGCAUCAGUCUUUGACACCCUUCUUGUUUUAACAGGUCUGCGUCACAUAACUGUCCUCAAGCUGUUAGGUGUGGGAGAAGAUAUUGGUGGAAUGCUGGAAUUGUAUCCAAUCAAUGGUGAGAAAUUAUUUUGAGUUUGUAAGACAGCUCUGUGUGCGCCUAUCAUUCUGAGCCAUAUACCUGUAUGAUGUAUCACAAUUCUUAUUAUUAUUUUAAAAAUUAGAAUGCAUAUUAUUGUAAGUUUAUUUUCAGUAGUUGUUCUCAAAUGGGUCUUGAGUUGUGGCUGCAAGAAAGGCCAUAGAACGUGAAUGAGAGUCACACAUGAAGCUACAGCACAGUCCUAUCUCGCGCAAAUCCUGGAACAUGCUGUAUCCCAGUAACAACACUUGAGAAAUUGUUUUAAGGAACUUCCCACUGUGCAACUUCCCAUGGCCCUAGUUUGUUUUAGUGGGCAAACAGAUGUAUGAAAAGCAUGCCCCUACAGUGAUUGUUUAAACUUAAUUUAUUAUGUUCUGUAUUUCUCCAACAUUAUUAUUAAGUUGCCUUGGGAGUUUCCUGAAGCCAGGAGGACAAAAAACAAACAGCCUUCCUCAGCUGUAGUCUUCUUCAGGCAUUAUGCCCAAACAGGAAAUAGGGCACUCUGUGCAUACUGACCUUGCUGCCAAAGUCCCUAUCCCACUUGCUUGGUCCCUGACCUUCCUAUGUUGAGCCAGGAAGAACUGAAGAGGGCUUCUGGCUGCAUUCGGUUUAACAUGAGUAGAAGACUCAAUGUGAUUGGGUGCUAGUGUGGUCACAGCAUGCAUAGGGAUGGUGAGGCAGGGCCCUCAUGACUUCUGCGUAGGUUGAUAUUUCCUCUUCAAACAUAACACCUCAAAACCUCUGGAGAAGCACACACACACACACACACACACACACACACACACACACACACACAGUAUGUUUAAAGUUACCAGCUAGAUUAACAAUACGUAACAACUGAAAAAACGGGCAACAUACAAAAUUAUCGUACUUCCUCAAGUCUUUCAUGCUAUAAUUCAAUAUAAGGAGAAAAUAAUUCAGGGCACUACAUGCAGUGAAAGGGGUGGGGGGAAGGAAUGAGAUACCACAAGCUGGCACAAUUCUCUCCCAGUUGGAAAAACUCAGUUACAUAAACACGAGUAAUUCAACUGAACUAGAGGAGCUCAAUGGCACUCCCUUUUAAACCAAAAACACACGUUCUCCUUAUUAACCUGCACCCCACAGAUAUCCAAGAACAGAAAUGGAGCCCCAUUCGCUUCCAAAGGGCACUGGAAAGCCAAAGAAUUUGAGCACUGAGGAAACGAGAUCCUAGUGGAUACACUUUCAGCCCACAGUGAGGUUAAUGUGCAAACCUGACCAUUUUCCAAAAAAAGGCAUCUUGCUUUUUAUUGCUGUGGGCAGGAAAUGAUGUCCACUUGGCUGCCCAGAGUCAUCUCAACCACCAUCACGCCUCCAGCCUGUUCUACUGCAGCUGCAUAUAUAGUACGCUUGAAUAUAUAUUUUGCUUUUAAGAAUGACCUGUCUGUGUGUCAUAAGAUGCUGACGCUAUUCCUAAUCUCCGUCUCCUCCUAGGGAGCUCCAGCGUGGACAGGGAAGAGCUCCCUGCUCAUUUGGUGAAAGACAUCCGCAAUUAUUUCCAGAUCAGCCCCGAAUAUUUCUCUAUGCUUCUGGUUGGAAAAGACGGGAACGUCAAAUCCUGGUACCCUUCCCCAAUGUGGUCCAUGGUGAUUGUGUACGAUUUGAUUGACUCUAUGCAACUUCGGCGGCAGGAGAUGGCCAUCCAGCAGUCUCCUGGCAUGCGGUGCCCAGAGGACGAAUACGCCGGGUAUGGAUACCAUGGCUAUCACCAAGGGUACCAGGAAGGCUACCAAGAUGAUUACCGCCAUCAUGAAAGUUACCACCAUGGAUACCCCUAUUGAAAUUAGGAACUUAACCUUUAUCUGCACCCUGCUUUCAUCUUAGUAGCCAUUCAGACCACAAGCAGCCAGAUGUGGGAAGCAUUUGAUGGUCACCAGACCAUGUGUCUUUUCUUCCCUCGUUCAGUCAAGGGACUACUAAAGUAUCGGACUUUGGCCUUCUCUAUAACACGCAUGAUGUGAAAUAGGUCAAGCCAGUAUCCUUGGUGCCUUAUGGAAUAAAGACUCCUUUAUAUUCUGGAGCACUUCUAAUCUGAAGGUAUAUCUUGGUGCUAUGUAUGUAUAGAAACACCCCCCCCCAAACCCUGACUCCAGUGAUGGGCAUUGUACUGUAGGCAGAAUAUAAACUGUAAAAUAAGACACUAACACUCCUAUAGCUUCCUGUUUCCCCAUGCCGAGGGAGGAAAUAUUUAUUAGAAAAUGUUGUGAAUUUUUGCCGAAGUGGAGGAAUGGUGGAUCAUAUUACAAAAUUUGCCGCUCAAAAGAAAUCCUUUUAGAAAAACUAAUGUUAAAGGGUUGUUUUUUUAAUUAAAAAAAAUGUUUGGGGUAGAAUGAUUUAUUUUAUAACAUGCCAGCUCUGUAGUAUAACGGUUUCACCUGUUAUGGAAAACUUGAGAUUGUUAAAGGUUUGAAAUAAUACAGUGAGAGAUGAUUUUGUGCCAACC